UUCGCCUAAUUUUAUUUUAUUUCAAUAUCGGCAGGCAGCAGCGCUCCCUACAUUCGCCAUCUUACACUGCAAAACAACAACAUUGCGUUAUCAAUCACCGAUUAAUUAUCACAAAAACACAAAAAUAAUUCAAACUACACGUAUUACAUUUUAUAAACUUUCGCGAUUUCUCGUCAAAUAAUGCAUUCGAUUUCCCCGUAAGUAAAAAUCCAGUAUGUCUUCUAAAUACUCGAUUCUACUACCAACCUACAACGAAAAAGAAAACCUGCCAAUAAUAGUAUGGAUGAUCGUGAAGUACAUGACAGCCAACGACUACAGCUUUGAAAUAAUCAUCAUCGACGACGGUAGCCCAGAUGGAACUCUCGAAGUGGCCAAAAAAUUACAAAAAAUCUACGGCGAAGAUAUCAUCGUGCUUCGACCUCGUAAGGAAAAACUCGGCCUGGGUACAGCUUACAAACACGGUAUAAAACACGCCACCGGAAACUUCAUCAUAAUCAUGGACGCUGAUUUAUCUCAUCAUCCAAAAUACAUUCCUCAAUUCAUCGCUAAACAACAAACCGACAACGCUGAUAUUGUAACCGGUACCAGGUACGUCGGCAACGGUGGCGUCAACGGUUGGGAUUUUCGUCGAAAGUUGAUCAGUUGUGGCGCUAAUUUUCUUACCCAGUUUCUACUUCGACCCGGAGUAUCCGAUCUCACCGGAAGUUUUCGAUUAUACAAGAAGCCCGUUUUGGAGAAACUGAUACAAAAUUGCGUCUCGAAGGGAUACGUUUUUCAAAUGGAGAUGAUCGUUAGAGCUAGACAGAAUAAUUAUACUAUUAGUGAAGUACCUAUCGCUUUCGUUGAUCGAUUAUACGGCGAAUCGAAGCUCGGAGCUUCGGAAAUCGUGCAAUUUGUUAAAGGACUGUUGUAUUUAUUCGCUACUACUUAAUACGUAAGGUAUGUGUUCAGUGCAUUUUUCUUUUGUAUUCAAUUUGUAAUAUUAUAAUCGUUUUUAUAAUGGGUAUUCUUUUCUGUCAUUCGACGCCUAUCGUGUAAGUACUGCUGAUUUGAUAAAAUUAAUAAGUUCUAUCAAUACGUACAUAAAUUCAGUGCGUCUUUCUUUUGUAUUUAAUUGUAAUAUGUAUUGUAACGUUUGUAUUUUGUUUUUUCGUUAUUUAACGCCUAUAGUGUAGGUAUGGCUGAAGUGCUAAUUCCGUAAUUCGAUGAAAUAAAGAAAUUCUAUCGUA